CUUUCAUAUCGAUGAAUAGGCAUUCUUACAUUGUAUCUUUUAGUAUAUCUGAUUUAUUUUAUCAACUAUCACGUUCGUUCGUUCAUAUCGAUCAUGUAUACAUAUCUUUUUUAUCGCUUGCGUUAACGUGACCUCAUAUUUGAUAACGAUAAUUUUAUUAUACUAUAGUAUGAUUGUAAUUUCUGUAUCAGUGCUAAGCAGACCGUGAUUUACUGUUACAAAAUAAUAAAAUAAUAUUUGUAAAAAAUGUUUUUGUUGUUAAUUCUUUCGGCUAUAGUUAUUUUUUUCUUAACUGUGAAAAUAUAUCAGAAGUUUACAUGUCGUGUUUGUCAGUCAAGUGUCCAUAUGGUGGGAAAAGUAGUGGUAAUAACUGGUGGUAAUAGUGGAAUAGGUUUGGAGACAGCGAAGAAUCUAGCGGACCGUGGAGCACGUAUUAUUAUAGCAUGCCGAAGUGUCAAGCGAGCUCAGGAGGCUAAAGAAGAGAUAAUUAAGACGACAGGGAAUAAAGACAUUGAAUACCGACGCCUAGAUUUGGCAUCAUUUCGUUCUAUUCGAGAAUUCUGUGAAAACAUAUUGAAAACAGAAAAACGUUUAGAUGUUCUUAUAAAUAAUGCAGCUGCAGGUGGUCUUGGGAACUAUAAGACUGAAGACGGUAACCACGUGGGUAUGCAAGUGAAUUAUUUUGGACCAUUUCUGUUAACGAAUCUCCUGUUGCCACUUUUAAAAUCCUCCGCACCGAGUCGAAUUGUAAAUGUAUCUUCGGUCAUUCAUAAAUAUGGUGAAAUGGACUUUGAAAAUUUAAACAUGGAAAAGUACUGGAGCGAUUAUUUGGUUUAUGCUAAUAGUAAAUUAUAUUUAAAUUUAAUGACGCUGGAGCUCAGCCGCAGAUUGAAAGGAACGAAUGUUACUGUGAAUGCUUUGCAUCCAGGUGUUGCAGCCACAAAUAUUUUCAGAAAUAUAAAGAGUGAUAUUAUUCGAAAUGUAGUAUUAGUUAUUUUAAAUUCUUUAUAUAAAAGCGUUUGGGAGGCAGCACAGACAUCGAUAUAUCUCGCUGUUUCGCCAGAUGUGCAAAAUGUGAGUGGUCGCUAUUUUAGCAAUUGUCGUGAGAAAACGCCAUCUAAAUUGUCUAGAGAUUCAGAAAUUGCAAAGAAACUUUGGGAAGAGUCAGAAAAAAUUGUAAAACACACGUCAAAUAUUAGCUAAUGCAUCGCUAUUAAAAAUUGUAGAUGACAACAAAUAUGGACUAAGUCAGUUUUACUAGUUCCUUACGCUUAUCCUCGCAAAGAAGUUGAACUCUCUUUAGUUUUUUCGAGGUCAGUGAAUCGGUUUGCUCAUAUCAUUUAUUUGAAUAGAUAUUGGACAUCAUAUCAUACAUAUUUUAAACGUAUUAGACAUGAUGUAUGUUUUAGAUAUGGUAUGAAUGUUUCACAAUUUUUAUUCAUUAAAGUUUGUUAAUAAUAGUGUUAUUCAAAUACGAAUAAUUAUUAUAUUAUAUUGAAUAUUCUUCAUAUUCUUGCAUUUGUAACAUAAAAAAUGGCGAUGUGUUUUAUUGAAGGAUAGGUAUAUUACGUAUUUUUAUAACCGGUUCCUAAAAUUAAUUGCAUUGUGCAAAAACCUUAAAGAUCAAACUUUUACCUGUGUCUAUAGUCCAUAUUUAUCUUACAAGUAGAAAAAUUGUUGUAUAAAUUAUAUUUAUUUGAUAAGUGCGUGUUAUUUAUAGGGUUUAAUUGAAUGGUUUUUUAGAGAGAUACUUUUAUUAUAGUAUUUAUUUCUUUUAUAUUAUAAUGUUAUGUGUUAUAUUUAAUGAGUUUGGGAAUAUUUUUUUCACAUUUAGCAAUGUUAAAUAUUAAUUAAGUUUACUUGUACAUAUAUUAUCAUUAAUCAUAUUUAAAAAUUAAAAGUCUUAUCGUUUAAAAUAUAAUUAUUUUUUCGUAUCGUUAACGCAUACGAAGAAUCUUUACUUUUUCUAGAACGGUUAUCUGAUUUUGGAGCCGCAUAGUCACAAUUCUACCUAGUCUAUUACAUUUUAGUUCGGUAAGAAUGCAUGGGUGCGUUUGUUGAAAUCGUAUUUGCAUUUUCUGUUAAGCAGUGUACACGAUCGGUUCGCCCGUUUUGUCCCAAGUGCACGACUGGGGAUCUUAGAAGCCGCAAACAACCGUUCAUGUGCGAGGCUCGUCCAGCUGGAAAACCGAACAUGAGACACUGGUCAUACUAUAGCAUGUUGUAGUAAUAACUUUCAAAUAAAUUAAUUAUUAUCGAUCGUCUAUCGAUACUAUCUAAAUGACGAUUCAAUUAUUAUUAUUUUAAGGUAAUUGAGUGUGCUUAAUCUUCGACAUACCCCAUAAAUAAUUUACUUAUCACAAUAUCAAUAAUUCAAUGUAUACAUUUUAAUUUACUUAUCGCAUUAGCAGUUUUCAGUGUAUUUUCAUUGAAGAUUUUAAUUAAAUUUUCAUAAGAAAAUUACCUAAUUUUAUAAAAUAUAAUAAAUAUCCUUCCUCCUUCUUUACACACUGGGUGAAAAUGCUUAAUGUAAGCUCAACGGUUAACAUUUAAAGAAAUAUGCUUAUAAGGCUGUGGAUCCUGAAAUUCUGCGACCCCUGGUCGGGCAAAUAAUAAGUUAUUGGGUUUCACGGUCGAGAAAUAGUAAUGCGUAAUAUUUAAAUUAGUAGUGCUUACAUUCCCUUGCCUUAAAAAGCACGCGAAGUCGUCAGUUGAGGCUGAAGUACCUAACUGCUGGAUGGCGUUGGAUGAUACGAUGAUAUCCCUAAAAAUUCCUAAAUCUUAAUGACAUUUAUUAUUAUGAUGGGUGACUGUGUUUUACUGUACUGUAACCACGCGGCAAAUGUGUAUUAUGGAACUAAUAUAAUUUUUAUAUUUUUUAUAUUGUAUACUCGCUUACUUCGAUACGAUGGUUGUGAUGUACAGUAAUAAUAGGCACUAAUUCAUUAUUGUAUUAGACAUAAUGUUUGUAAGUAGCUAUAAGCCUUAAUAAUUCCUUACCAUAAUGUCUUAUAUUUACUGUUUCAUUAUGUGAUUGAGUGUUAAUUGAUGACGUCACUGAUGGAUUCAUAAUGUUCUGUAAUAAACUAUCGGGCUGACAAAUUUGCAGAGUCAGUAAAAUCGUCCUUGACUAUUAUUGUAAAUGACCAAGUCUUUGUUCUCUAAGAUUGCAAAUAAUAAUUAUACCUAUAGUACUAUAUAGUAUACUCAUGUAUAUUUAGUCAGUUCACAAAGACUAUAUAUAGAAAUACAUACAACUUAUAUUUACGGAACAUGAAAUAUUUGCUCAUUAAUUCUUAGAAAUAUUGGGUUUAUUAUAUAAUUUUUAAAUGU